AAAGACACGCAGCAGGUGAUAGUGUGAACAAAGCUCGAUCCAGUUAAGAAUGCGGCUAAACCUUGUGAAGAAGGAACUCAUUGGAAGCGGGAGUUUUGGGAACGUUUACAAAGUCGAAUCGGAUAGUAAUCCAGUAGCAGUGAAAAUCCUUCAUGAACGCUACACAGACGACAACAAAUGUUUGAAGAAGUUUGAAGCAGAAUGCAAAAUUCUUCAAAACCUUCAGCAUAAAAACGUGGUUACGUUUUUGGGUUUUAUCACUUCACAUGCUUCACCGCCAAUGCUGAUAACUGAACUCUUGGAUUGUGACUUAGGAAAAUAUAUUCGUAAUUGUCAUCCAGGGAAGAUUCCAUUUUCAGAGAUUGUCUCGAUUAUGUUAGACGUGGCGGAAGGUCUCGCGUACCUUCAUCAGCAAAAUCCACCAAUAGUUCACCGAGACUUGGCCAGCAAAAACAUACUUCUUACCAAGAAAAGGCAGGCAAAGAUUGCUGAUGUCGGUCUUGCCAAAGUGCUUCCAAAGGAUAAACAAAAUUAUUGUUCUCCUGUACCCGGAACGCCAGUUUAUGCUGCACCAGAGACGUUUCACCCCGACUAUGAUCCAAAUUUUCCCAGUUCCAUGAAGGUCCGAUCGCCUGUCGAAUAUGACACCAAGAUUGACAUCUUUUCACUCGGAAUCACUUUGAUGGAAGUUGUAAAUGGAAAGCGACCUAAUCCUCAGCCAGGUGAUAGUCCAUUUACGAGCGGUACGUGUCAAAUUUUAUAAGCUGGAGAAAACGAUGUGUGAAUGCAAUUUACAGUUUAUCCAAGAGCAAAUGUAGAUGUUCGAAGUUGAAGUUGAAUUUUGAAAAUGCACCCUGAAUUAAUUUUAAAAUAUUUAGUGAUCACUCCGUCUUUAAGAGGAGCUUUUCUUGUAAUACACUUCCAAACGUUUUUAAGUUUUGGGCUCGGCUGUCGUGUUCAAAAUAACAUCCAAGUGUCAAUCUGGUUCUCAGGCUCCUCUCUUUUUUAGUUAUUAGUGCUGUCACGGCAGGGGCAGCAGGGGCAAGACAAUUAAAUACAUGUUUAUCAUCUGAAUUACCGAAUAAGCACCCUACGGCCUGGGUCUAAAUGUCAAAUAAGCACCCCCCUUGAAAAAGGUGUCCCCCUCUAGCUCCUCGUUCAAUUUCUGAAAUUAGUUGGGAUGUAGAUAAUAACAGUUUCUACAAGGGAUAAUAGCUCAAGCGGAACGCGCCCAACAAUUUGUCAUUUCCAACUGCAUUAACAUCAUACUUCUCGGCUUAAUUCCUGUCAUGUUUUUUAGGAAAUUAAUGUUUCCCAAAUGUUUAAACAAAAAGAAAUAUUGAAAUAUUGACUUUAACUGGAUAAUGCUGUAGUUUUUGUUUAAUGAUUUAGCCAAAAAAGUUACAGUUCUUUGAAACUGGCUAAAAUGCAAUAAGCUCUCAGUUAAUAUAAGGAAAACUAACUACGUAAUUUUUAAACCCAGACAGAAGAAAUUUAACUCCAGCAUUUCUCUCUCCUUUGGAGGUAAACCCCUACAACAAUCUAACGUAACUAAAUUCCUUGGGGUCUAUAUUGAUGAUCAUCUCACUUGGAAACACCAUAUCAGCUAUGUAUGUAAACAAAUCGCUAAAUCAAUAGGUAUUUUAUUCAGGUCUCGCCUUUUCUUAUCCUCUACAACCAAGCUCACUUUGUACUACACCUUAAUUUAUCCUUAUAUCGUCUAUUGUAACUGUACCUGGUCGUCCACAUACGUAUCUAACUUAAAUAGAAUUUACUACUUGCAAAAGCGAGCUGUACGGGCUAUCACCAACUCAGACCAUCGAGCCCAUUCCGCUCCUUUAUUCUCCAAACUAGGAAUUUUAGAUAUUUUCCAAGUCAAUACGUUUGAAAUCGCCAAAUUCAUGUUUUAUUAUAGAAAUAACUUAUUGCCUCCAUUGCUUCUCAAUCUUUUUGUAAUGAAUAGCCAAAUUCACAACUAUGGUACCAGAACAGCCAGUAAAUAUGGAACGCAUUUGUGCCGUACAAAUCUCAAGCAAUUUACAAUUCUUUACCAAGGUCCUAAAAUUUGGAACUCUCUUCCUAUUUCAGUCACUCGUUCGUCAAACCUUCUUAGUUUUAAGACGAAAAUGCAAGAGUUUUUACUUAAAUAAUCCUUGAAUUGGCCUAGUCGCACAUUCGCAGCACUUUUUCUUUACUUUAUUUAUUAAUGUAAGUGAGGUGGCUCUCCCAUAAGCCCGGUGGCUCCCUGGGUCUCCUCGCCUUCUAGCUAUAACCGCUGUAAAUAAAUAUUUUUUGGAUUAUGUAAAUAAGGCAAAAAAAAUAUAUGAUGAUGAUGAAAGUAAAACUUAUCAAGCACCCUCCUUUGAAUAAGUGCCCCCCCAACUCCCCCUUCCACCCUUCCUUUAGCCAAAUUUUAAAUAAGUAUCCGGGCACUCAUUCAAGGAAAUAUGGUAUCAGUGAAUUAUCGAGCUUCAAAUUUUUCCCCUACCCAACCAUACAAAAUUUUGACUGUGGUAUGAGUAGUACUUUCCUCUUCUCUUGUUCUUACAUUGUUGUGUUGAUUUACAAUUUGAUCUCAUUUAGUGCGAGACUUAAACAAAUUCUACAUUCUCUUCUCUGUUUAAAGAUGGUGUACAGAUCCUAGAAAAGGAUCGUCGCAAAGGUGACAUUGAGAUGAUGGGUGAGCAUAAGCUGAAGGAAAUUGUGUUUCUUUGUAUCGAGGAUGUCAGUGAGAGAAGACCUAGUGCUGAGGAGCUCACUGAAAUGCUUCGAGAACAAUGUUCACAAAUUGAGCAGAAAUGUCCAAAAAUUAAGCAGAAGAAAAUUAUUGCAAGCAGGGCUGAAGGGGAAAUCCCAACUAUUAAAGUAACAGUUCUUGGGAUAUCGAAUGUGGGAAAGACAUGUCUUCUUCAAAGCUUUGUUCACAACACGUUCAUUUCGCUGACAUUUCCCACAGUUGGUGCUGAUUGCAACUAUGUUUCCAUCAAAGUCCGGAGUAGAGACUUUAAAUUGAUGGUUUUAGAUACUUCUGGAUUAGAAAAAUUUCAGCACUUAAUUCCAAUGUUCAUUCGGGGGUCUCAGGGAAUCCUCCUUGUAUAUGACGUGAAUAAGCCUUUUUCUCUUGAAGUUAUUCCUGAAAUGUUGCAUGUUGUCACUAAGAACGCACCAGACAUUAAGAGUUUCAUUUUAGUGGGAAAUAAGGCAGAUUUGACAGAAAGAAAGCAGAGUGAACUUGUUGUUUCUAAGGAGGGUGAACAAUUUGCUCAAAAUCUUGGAAUUCCCUUCAUUGAAACUAGUGCAAAAAGUGGAAAAAAUGUUAGAAAAGUGUUUGAAAUGAUUGCAGAGAAUAUCUAUGAUGAUUUGGAUUUGUCUGAUAUUGAUACCUUUAUCUCAAAUGCCAGAAGAGAUGCAAUCACAGUCAUGAAUGAUCCUCCACGUGAACAAAAUUUCCUUGAACAGAUUGGUGACUACUUUAGGUCUGGGUGGAACUGGUUCAAAGGUAUAUUUAAUAGAGGCUGAAACUAUUCACAAGAUGGAAAUAACCAUUGACAAGGCGCCUCUUAAAGCCAUAAUUUACUGGAAAUUUAGAUCAGUCUGAUAUUGAUGUGUAUGCAUAUAGCAGAGAAUUAGAAAGUAUCCCAAAAAAAGGUGUCAAACUGGUAGUCACAGUGUUAGAUUAUUGCACGAUUAAGGUGGUGCUGAACCUUCACUACAGUAGUAAAAAAACUUUGCAGAAAAUUGAAUCUUGGUGUUUGCAAUUUUCAUACAUAGUAAAAAUUAACUUUUAUUUUGCCAAUAUUCAUGUGUCACUGCUUAAGUGAGCUUAUACACAGACAGGCUUCUCUGGUCAAUCUCACAAUCAGUUAAACUGAAUUAAAUUCAAUAAGUGCAUUCCCCAAUAAAAUAUUUGCAUGACUCGCAUUUUGGCAGUAACAACUAUAACUGUUCUUUGUUGACUCCCAUGUAUUUCCUAGCAAAGAUUUCUCAGAUAACAGUUCUAAAUUGACACUUUUGAGCUUUGGUUCCACCGAAAAUUUAGAAUUUGUGGCCUGCUAUCAGAAACAUAGUUUGCCUCAUUCUUUUUUUUCAUAGAUAGUCUUCACUUGUGGAGAUUCAAUGAAUUUAAAUAGGGAGUGUUAUUAUUCAAAACUCUGCAACUCUUUCAAGCUCUGAUGAUGUCAACUUCUUUAACCUCAUUACCAGUGUAUAUAAAAAAUAUCUCUUAAUUUUUUUCCAUUUUUUCUUGAAAAGAACACUUCAUCCUCAAGUAAACUCAGGGAUCAAUACAAUCAGAUUUUCAUGAAAUGGAUGAGAACAUCUCACUCACAAUUUGUAGCACUAAUCAACAAUUAACUCAGAACAUGUUCAUACUAAAAGCAAUAUAUAUGUUAGCUAAGUUGGACAUUUCUCAAACAGAAUUCUUGAUCAUCAAUUAAAACCUCCACUACACAGACUGUGCCAUCAUUCACAGUCGUAGUUUACUGAUAUUAAACAGCCUCUGC